AUGCUUUUCUCUGCAACUCGGCCAUCCUAUGAUGAGCUUGUCCGCCGCUCCAUCUUGCUCACUCGGACAGCUUGGGCCUCCCGCCGACUCGCUCAUAACCUCGCCUCAGCCCGUCUUGCCCGCCGACUGGCCAUGCGGCCUUCGGCCGAGGAACUCGUUGCUCGUGCCGUCCUGCCAGAGGAGUGCGUGCCUUCAUGGUGGUUCCGAGGCGGGCAGUUACCGAAGAGGAAUGGGCCGGCAGUUGCCCCGAGUCUUGUGGAGAAGAAGAGGGCUGUGGAGAGGGAGCGGGUGAAGGAUCAAUUGAGGGGCUGGUUGGAGAAAGUGUGGAUGGUUGAGGUGAAGAAGAAGGAAGAGAUGGCGAGGGCUUGGCUCGAGAGGAAAGGCAUUGGGAGGGUAUGGCGCAUGAGGGUUUUCUGGGAACGGAUGGCUAGGGGAGAGGCUUAA